AGAAGUAGAGCUCGUUCGCGAUUGCUUGCUCGUGCGUUGCACAGUUCUGUAAUUUAAUUAUUAUGUAGAUUAUCAAACCUUACCCCAUUGUUCUCGGUUCACAUAAAAUGUAAAAAGCCACCGCGUAUUCUCACGGAACGAAGAAAGUUAAGCGAGAAAACUAUCAUAGUGGUUUUAUAGUGAUUGGAGGAAUUGUUUGUGCGUGCCAUGGCGAGCUAAGUGUUAAUCAAUAAAUAACUCGGAAACUUAGUGAAAUCUAGUUUUUAAUAUUGAAGUUUAGUGAAAAGUUAUAUUCGAUGGCAGGUUUUGAAGCAAGCGACACGAUGCCGAAACUCGGUCAUGUGGGGGACCUGCGCGAGCAUUGGCUGGUACGCGCGGACGGCGCGCUGGCGCACCGCCUGCAGGACCGCGAGAUCUCCUCGCACCUCUGCGAAAACAGGCUCCGCAACCAGCAGAUCCGCGAGGACUUCCCGGUGGCGCUGAGCGAGCAGCAGGGUCUCGAGCACGAGGCGCGCCUGCGCGAGCUGGCGCGCCGCCGCCAGGCCGACGUGGACGCAGAGAUCGCGCGCGAGAUGGCCGAGAUCAACCUCCGCCGCCAGCGCCGCCAGCACACCGACCUCAUCCAGCCCAGCUCCUCGCGCACUCCGCCUGAGCCGGCCCGGGCGGCUCCUGUCAAAUCUCCGCCUAAGCUCUUGGACAGCAUAGCGCCGGAGGAGCUGGGCCUGUCGCCGGCGGAACUAGAAGAACUCAGAUUGAGGUUGGAGCAAGAGGAGCGAGACGCUCGGCUUGCGAGACAGCUGAGCAGCGAGGUGCAGGAGCAGGACGUGCUGCUGGCGGACAUGCGAUGUGCAGUGGAGGCGCAGGACGGCGAGCUGGCGCGCCUGCUGCAGGAGCGCGAGUACAAGAAGCUCCAGCGAGCCAAGGAGAAGGCUCGCCAGAAAGCCCUCCUCAAGAAACAGCAGCGCUUGGCCGCUCAGCAGAUAGACACACCUGACACAAGCCAGGCCACACUCUGCGAUGCCUACAGCAACCCCAGGGACAUGAUACGCAACAAUAGAUUAAGGCUUUGCAAAUCUGUGGAUUCAGAUUUGAAUUAUGUAGAGCCUUUCGAAAAGGAACAUAUUCAAUCGAAAGCCAGCGCCCUACAGUCUAAGGAGAUAUCCAGACAGUACUACAACGAUCAACCCGGCACCUCCACUGUCAAUAUAAACAAUGUUACACAUGUGCACACCAGGUCUUUUGAAUCGGAUCGCACUGCAUCCAAUCCUGGGACGACAUCACUUCAGCACAGGCAGCCCCCACCUCCACCUACAUCUGGCAAGAAGCCCCGCUUUCCUGACCCGGUGAGUAUCCGACCGGCUUCUCACUAUGCUGCAGAGACCGGUGACAGUCCUCCGCAGGCAAUCCCACACAGCUACAGUGAGAACAACAACCUGUACAGCUCCACAUUCCCCCCGGACCUGCCGAGCCCGCAGCACAUGGACAUGGACCGGCACCAGGACAACUCCAAGAGGUUAUCCGUUAUAUCUGACAUCACCGCUGAGGGCCUGGCCAAAAAGAAGAGCAAGCAAGCUGAGAUGCACAAGAAGAGGAAGGGAUGCAAGAUACAAUAGAAUUAUUGACAUGUUUAGUCUUGCAAGUUUGCUGAUUUCUUCUCGGUUAGAAAGAUUGUUUUUAUGUAUCUGGUAAAUUCGGCCUGAUGCUUAGUUGCCGCAUUAAAAGUGUUCCAAAGCUUUACAAAAGUUAGUGACUUUAGUGAGCGAGUGAGAUGAUGAUUAUUCCAAUUGUUUUUAUGUAUCUGGUAAAUUCGUCCUGAUGCUUAGUUGCCGCAUUAAAAGUGUUCCAAAGCUUUACAAAAGUUUGUGACUUUAGUGAGCAAGUGAGCACGACGAUAUUGACGAUUAUUCCAAUAAUGAAUCUCAAACAAGGGCUCACAAUAUUCUUGGCUAUUCCCAGAUUUGUCCACACUCACACCAUGAACUGGGUAUAUGAAUAAGGCUGAGGGCGGGGAUGAGAGGAGACAUGCGGGUAUCAACCAAUAGCAUUGGUUGAAAUCCAGCGGAGCGGUGUAGAGAAAUGCUUGGUUGCCAGUGUUCCUACAUGUGUCCUCUCAUCUCUGCCCCAGUGGAAAAGAAGCCGUAAGUUCUCAGAUGGUGUAUAGUUUGUUCAUAUAAAAAUAGUCUACAAACUUACUUUUUCUAAGUAUAAUUUAUGUUGUAGUAUUAUAAGAUGUCUAAGGAUGUGUUUAUCUAUGUAAAGUAUUUAUUAUUCUUUGGCAGGGACCUGCAGAACCAAUGAACGAGCCAUUUUUGUAACUUUAAGGACCAUGUGCCUUGUAGGAUUAGGGGAAAAUUACAUUCCAAUUAAAUAAUUAUUUUAUAAGUGUUACACAAAAUUGCAGAUUGAGUCACGUUUGUCUUCUGAUGAGCUAUGAACAGUAUGAACACACUGUUUUAUAAACAUGGAAAUGUGAUCUAUUGCAAUGUAGUCAAUUAUUCCAAUGAUCAUAAUAACAUUUCAUUAAGUAUGCUGCAUUUAUUUGAUUAUGACAAUAUAAUAUAUCCAAGUGUCCAUGCCUACAGACUAAAGGCACUCUACAAUCUCUUGACAUUGAUACUCAUGCUAGUAUGAUGCUAGUACUCUAUGAUCAUUGUCUCUAUUGUCCAUGCCUACAAACUAAAGGCACUACAAUCUCUAUACUGUGUAAUAAUUAAUAAAUUGUCUCUCUAUUAUUGCAUAUUGUAAUGUAUCAUUUAACUCUUAAGUUGCUAAAGUGUUAAAAAUUAUAUGAUUGCUCAAAAUUUCUCAAUUAUAAUUGUAAUCUGAAUUAUUUACAUACAUUUAAUUAAUUUAAUAUCAUUACCCAUAGCCUGUAGGUAUAUUUGAUCUGGAAUAUAUUUAUUUCAAUAGAGGAUAAAUUAUUCAGACUGGUAAGAAGAUCUACUCUAAUAAUGUAGAUUUUAUUGGAUUCUAGAUGGUAUUGGUGUAUUGGCCAAAAUUAAAUGGCCACUAUUACAAGCCAAUAAGUGAGAAUUGUAAUAAUUGUUGUUGUAAUAAUCAAAAGUAAUUACAAUUAUGAUUAACAAACCUACUUUGAUAAUGCCAUAGGAUAUAACUACAUGAGUCAUUCCUUUUGAGCUUUUUACACAACUGCGCGAUGCAAAAAUGGUAACAUGUUUAUGUCAUUCCAUCCUGUCUAAUCUUCUAUGUAUAUGGUGCUCAGAGUAUUUCUCACAAAUAUUAUUAAUGUUAAAAUAUAAUAUAUUAUGUAUCAGUAUUUAUAUAGCUAUUUAUAUUAUGUAAUACUUGGAAGUGACCAAAUAUUCACAUCACCUUAUUUAUGUCUAAAUAUGGACAGGGUUAUAAAACAAUGGAUAUUUAAUAUGUAUAUGGCUUAUGCAUACUCUAUAGCGUUACGAUUGUGUAAUGUCAAUAUGGUUACUUAACAUGUGUGUCGUUUACGGAAGUUCUAGAGAUAUUCAAUCAAAAUGCAAUUAGCACAAAUAGAAUAGAUUAGAUAUCAUAUAGAUGAACUUUUACUGAUCUAGGGCGUAGGCCACGGGGCCCACGGGCCGGCAGUCUUUUAUUUAGAAGAGCUGACUGCAAAUACUGUUUUCAGUGGUCAGUGAACAGUCAAAUGUUAAUCUUUUAGGUGGCUUGUCUAGGCGCAAUUAAUUUAUUUAAUUAUUCAAGCAGCCGCGGUUUAUACGUACCCCUGCCAUAAGUGCCAUGCCAUGCAACAUCUUUUUCAUACUAUAAUCCCCAUACGAGUUCCUAUACAAGCUGUAGCCGGGAUAAGUACCUAUAUACAGCCAACUAGACUUCGUCUGUGUCGCCCAGAGUUUACCAAAACUGUUGGAGGCAGAUGCUGCGUUUCUAUAGGCGUAGAUACACUAGAUACCUAUUGAAAGCUGUGUUAUCUCUGUUGACUGCUCGUCAGCUUAAGGCUGCCUACUUGCCUAGCCACUGUGAUUACAACCAAUGCUAUUGGUUGAUUCCUUCCGCACACGUUCGAUCCGCUCAGCCUCAGUGGACAGACAGUCACACAGUCUAACCAGGCAGUAGCGCCAGCGUCUGAUUUUCACGAGGUUAUUUCAUCAUCUCCGGGGCUGUGUCUGUACUUAAUAAUUCCAGUAACAAAUCGGGGCUUGAACCACCCCACAGCCGCGUAUUACACUAACUAACCAUCGGAGGAUCUUAUGCCUUUGUGAUUAAAUUCAAAUUUGAUCAGUCAAUUGUCGACGGUGGUACGGCUUCGGCAUCCCAGAUGACCCAGAUCGGAUGUAUGCAACACGAUCUACCUACUAUAAAUCACAGGUGAAAAAAAAUCUCGAGCUGUGUCUCUUCUCUCAAUGGAAUAGAGUGCUCAAUUGUAAACACAUGAUUUCGAUUUCUUAUGUCCUUAUUAUUAAAGUGAAUAAGAGUGUGCGCAGAUUAAUUUGAUCAACUUGUAUACUUCUGCCCAUAAUGCCUGUUCUUUUGUGCUAAUUUGUACUAUGAUUGAUAACCACUUUUAUUAGGGUUUAACCUAGUUAUUUCUUUUCAUUAGCAGUAGAUAUUGGUCUGAGCGCCUACCGCGAACAUCGGAAAUCUAAAUUUAGUUCUCUUAUCCUCUAUCUAUCGCUCUUGCAUUUUCUAGCGCUAGAGAGGCAGCGAAAUCUCGAUGUUAUCGGUAGGCCCUCUGUUAGUUUUUUUAUACCAACUGUGUAAGGUUGUAAAUGUUCACGCGCCUAUGAGGCGUGAACUUUAUUCUUGAUUUUGUUGUUGUAAUAAUGAAAACUUGUUAUUAUAAUAAAUCAGAAUAUUAUUUAUUGUAUUUUUACAUUGAAUGUAUUGACAUUUGUCUUCAUGAUGUGAAACUCCUCACACCAUCUGAUUCUGACUUCUUCACUCAGGAGUGCUGAGUUCAAAGCAUUCAUCUGGUAGAUGAGAGUCGUUUAAAUUGCUCUUCCUUGGCCUUCUUCUUCCAAUCUUCGUUUUUUUGAUUGAUGGUCUGAGACACCAUGAGGUUAGCCAUCAUAAAUACAUUCAGUAUCUUGUUAGUGUGAGCAUGUCCCUUUGGGAGGAGGCACGCCAAUGAAGACUGUCUCCCUAUCCCUGGGAACGAGGGCUCACUUGAGGCCAGUCUCAUGUGCUCUAGACUGACUGGCCCAGGAAUGUCCGGCAAAAUAUCCAAGACAGAAGCCACUGCCUCGGGGAAAGCGAUUGCGAUGCGACCCAGAGUCACAUUCAUGUUCUUUCCUGCUGCACUUUUCUUGAUCCUCAGGGUGGUGAUCAAGUUAGUAAUCCUAUUUUUGACAUCAGUUCCCAAGGUGGCGUCUUUCAGCCUAUCAAUAUUGUUGCCCCUUACUAGAAAGCAGAAGCAGAGGAAUCCCACAUCCUCCACAUUCACUUUCCUCUUAAUGAGCUCUCUGAAUUGAAGUACAUCAAAGCCAGCAUAUCCGAACAAUUUAAACACCCACUCCGAAGUCAGAUCACUGCCAGCCCUUUGGAGUAAGUUCUGGAAGAAUGUCUUGACAUCAUCAGUGGUUUUAUCACCAAAGGCAGUCUUCCCAUUGAAGAUCAGAUUGAAGGUGGCGUCAGACAUAUUGACUUGAGUAGAUCUCUCGGUUGAACAACUCUUACCGGUAAAAUUAGUCACUCUCACGCCUGGAGAUCUCUGCAAUGGAGUUUGCUGGUCAACACUCUCCUGAUUACUAGGAUCAGAUUGGUGUCUCUGGAGCCUUGAGACUGUUGCUCCGUAAGUGAAGAAUUCUCUAUAUUCCUUUUCACUAACUCUGGGGUCAGUAUCCUUUCUUGGUUUUCCUUUCUGGUGUUCUAAAAACAGAUGAUUAAGUCAGUGGUAGUUAUGACACUCUAAGUAACAUCAGUUAAUCAGCUAGUCUUCGUAUAUUUUAAGUUAUUUCCUUUCAUUUGGAUUUUUGUAAUGAUCAUAUUUUGUUCGAAUUGAUUCUUUUCGUAAUUUAUUGUAAUGUGGAAUGGCAGUUUAAUUUUCUCUUUUAGAAUUUUUAUUAAGUAUAUUGUAACCAACAUUCAAGUAUUUUAAGAAUCUUGUUGAUAAUGAUUGUACCUACCUCGUGUGACGAAAUAAGACGGGUUAUAAAUUUCUUGUACCCACUAAUUUUUAUUACCUAUAAGUUUUCGAAAACUGCACAUUGUGAAAUACGCACUCUAGCUAACUUAUGUUGGGUUAUUUCGGGUGUAUUAUUACACAUGGGAGGGCGCCUGUUGCCUUCAGUUUCAGUGAUCCGACAUACAGGAAGAUUCCCUUUGCCUUGUGUAAACGCGCCCUAACCUACGAUCAAAGUGAUCAAAACCGUCUUAUUUCGCUGACACGAUUAAUUAACGACUAAGCUUUAAUUGCAAUCUUUGGCCUUGGAUGUGCCUUAAUUAACGGAACGGAACCAAACUUGAUUAUUUAUUAUUUACUCGAUAAUUAGCAAUAAGGUAACCUUAUUAAGGUUUACACUAUUUUAAGGGGUUUCUUGGGUACUGCGAUACCUACUACCUACCUGUCACGCGUAAUACAGUCGGGCUCAAGUCGAAGCUUAUAAUCAUGCACAUCGAAAGUUUAAAAGCUUGCAAAAAUAUAUAUAUGACUUCCCUAGUGACUUUUUAAACCCGACUGUAUGUAACUAUAGUCAAUGCGGCCAAAUCCGCGCGUCUGCGGGAAAUAACGUAUACGAGCGCUUUUUUUUAGUAGUACCAUUGCCCACACUAUUCCAAUGGGUCAUCGGUGGAACAUCUUAUGCCAUUUGUAAUAAGGUCCACCGAUGGACAGUCGCCAUCAGAUAUAUCAGAGCGGCCAAGGUGUUCAGUGUUCACAAUAUCUGCAUGAACACGCACUACACGCCCUGACAAUAGAAUAGAGGCGUGUUCAGAUAUUUGAGAGCACCUUAGCCGCUCCUAUAUAUCUGAUGGCGACUGUACAGUUAGGAGUGUUGCUAUUUGUACCACGAUUGUUAACUUCAUCGACAAAGCAGCAAUUGCUUUUAGUUUCAGCAGUCAAAAGCCAAUCGGCUGUAUUUCCUAGUCGAAAAGAAAUUUGCUUACCUACACUCGUGUACGGAAUGUCCCGCAGACGGAUUUGGCCGCAUUGCAUGACCUUACCUAUAUACUAUAAUGAAAACGUUCUGAUUAAUACACAGGGUGAUAUUUUAUUUAGCAUUUUUUCGAAUUAAACUUCUCAAGCGGUGUUUAUUUACUCAACUUUUGUAAUUUUCCUAAUGAAUGAUCAUUUAGAGAUUGUAUUUUAGUUAUUUUAUACGAUUGAUUAUUAAUGAGAAUUACUUAUUAAAAUCUGUUUUUAA